GGCAAUAAACAUGGCGGUUGGUAAGAACAAGAGGAUUUCUAAGGGUAAGAAGGGAGGGAAGAAGAAAGCUGUUGAUCCUUUUGCAAAGAAGGAUUGGUAUGAUAUCAAGGCUCCAUCAGUGUUCAAUACGAGGAACAUUGGGAAAACCCUAGUCUCUAGGACUCAAGGAACCAGGAUUGCUUCAGAGGGUCUCAAGCAUAGGGUGUUCGAAGUAUCUCUUGCAGAUCUCCAGACUGAUGAGGAUCAGGCUUACAGAAAGAUCCGCCUUCGCGCAGAGGACAUUCAAGGAAAGAAUGUCCUUACCAAUUUCUGGGGUAUGGACUUUACUACCGACAAGCUUAGGUCACUAGUAAGGAAGUGGCAGACAUUGAUCGAGGCUCAUGUUGAUGUGAAAACCACUGACAACUACACGUUGAGGAUGUUCUGCAUUGCGUUCACGAAGAGACGUCCAAACCAGGUGAAGCGCACUUGCUAUGCCCAGUCGAGCCAGAUCAGACAGAUUCGUCGCAAGAUGAGGGAGAUUAUGUUAAAUCAAGCUUCAUCCUGUGACCUGAAAGAGUUGGUUGCAAAGUUCAUUCCUGAGUCAAUUGGGAAGGAAAUUGAGAAGGCAACUUCGGGUAUUUACCCUCUCCAGAACGUGUUUAUCCGCAAAGUUAAAAUCCUGAAGGCACCCAAGUUUGAUCUUGGCAAACUUAUGGAGGUCCAUGGUGACUAUAGCAAUGAGGAUAUUGGUGCUAAGGUGGACAGGCCUGCCGAGGACACUCCUAUGGAAGGGGAGCAACAAGAGAUCGUUGGUGCUUAGAUAUAGUGAUGUGAUCUUUUCAUUUUUCUUAUGCUGAGUUGCUUAUUGAC